GCACUACAAGCACGUGUUCAGUUGUGCACAGCACAGGACCAUGUGACAGACAUAUUCAGCCUCGUCUGCGAGUUUGUUUGUUACAUGGUCCGGUGAGUUGUGAUAAUACUGGUGUUCAAGUUUCCAGCACAGGUUUAGUUCCCAAAGGGCCUGGCUUGUAAAUUCCAAAUGUUAUCAAAGAACGCGAUCAUAUGAAUAAUGCGCAACAGGCAGAAUAAGGAACACGAGAGACCUUUUCAGUGAUUUAAAAAUAUCGGGCUUGCAGACAAGGAGGAAGGGAGGCCACUCCAAAAGUUGACAUUCUGAACACUCGAUUGAAAUGAAUUCACAUUUAGAGUUCGAUCCCCAGAUCUACCAGUAAGGUCAAAUAACAGUGCAACUUCAAAAGGAGAAAUAUGAAGGUGAUUGUUGACGUAGACACCGGGAUUGACGACGCCACGGCGUUGAUGCUGCUGCUGUCGCGAGCUGAUGUGGAGGUCUUGGCGAUCACGUGUGUACGGGGAAAUAUAGACCUAGACAAAGUGUGCGUCAACACGCUCCGAGUCCUCAAGGAAUGUGGCAAGCAGGAUAUUCCUGUAUACAGAGGUGCAGAUCGCCCCAUCCUUGACAACGAAACGGAUGCGUCUCACUUUCACGGGGUGGACGGAAUGGGUGACGUCACGUGGUCCGAGGAGGUGGAUAUCGCAGACCUACAGUCGGAACAUGCUGUAAUGGCUAUACUAAGACUUAUCAACAAGUAUCCAGGGGAGAUAACUCUAAUUCCCCUGGGGCCUCUGACCAACAUCGCCCUUGCGUUGCGCCUUGAUCCAGACCUUGGACAGAAACUAAAGGAGGUGUUUAUCAUGGGAGGUAAUAUUGAAGGUAAGGGAAGACUGAGCACAUCAGCUGAGCACAACUUCUACUGUGACUGUGAGGCAGCCUUUAUUUCACUGAGAGAGCUGAAGAAUAUAGCUAUCCUCCCGUAUGAGGUUUGCCUCGAUACAAACAUCCCCUGGGCUGUCUACGACAAAUGGAUCGGCCUAGGCACCCCGAGAGCUAACUUCUUUAAGAAAAUCACCGAACAUUGGAUUGAGAAAGUCAAGAGCAGACGACAACCUGGUUUCCGGUCAUGUGAUCUUUUUGCCAUGACAACAGUGCUGGACAGGGAAAGCAUAUUGGACAAGGAGGCUGUUCAUGCAACUGUGGAGCUACACGGACACCUGACCCGAGGUCAAAUGGUCGUUGACUGGAAGGAUAGAAUGGGCAAUGAGCCAAAUGUGACGAUAAUUAAGAAAAUCUGUGUUGAGAAGGUGAAGCAGUUUGUACUGGACAUGCUUCAAUGAUAAUACCGCUUCAGCUAUCUUCACCAGGGUAUCCUACCCUUUGUUACACAUGCAAUUUGUCACACAGCUCAAAUGUAAGGUGAAAUUGGGUUUGACGUCGCGUCCAAGAUUAUUGCACUUCUAUAGCGACGUGCAUGCACAUGUGUGUGUAUGUGUAUGGCUCUUGUAUGGUCACAAAUUCUUCACUAUUCAGCACUGUAUUACGUUACUUCAUCAUACAUAUUAAUAUACAUGGGUUGAGCGGGUAGUCGAGUGGUUAAAACGUUUGCUCGCCACACCGAAGACUCGGGUCGGAUUGUCAACAUGGGUACAAUGUGUGAGGCCCAUUUUAGUGUUUUUCCCUCAUCCAAGGGUCUUAUUAGACAGUGAGUUUUUUUAUAAUGAGUUUUAUUCUAUUGCUUGUAUCACAAUUUUUUGGAUUUAUUUUCCAGUUUGUUUUCCAAUAUGAAUAAGUUAUCUAAACUGUCACUCAGGUUCUCAGCAUCUAAUUUCACGCAGAUCGGCCUAAUUAUAAGUAAGCUGGACAAUUCCAUCACAACUGGCAAAAUCUGAGUGCAUAACAAAUGGUAUGUGUAACUUAUGGGGGACUUGUCACAAGUCGGUGUGAUCAUUACUGUUUUCAGGGAGUGGUGGUGGAUAUAAUGCACACGCGUAUAUACACAGACGUUAUAUUAAGGUUGAAGGUUUAAAUAAACCAUCAAAGUGA